AAUGAUAAUUGAAAAAUGUAAAAGUCAGUGUUCAUCUUUCAGAUAAAACGCAAAAUUUUUGUAAAAUGUUCCGAAAUUUGGUGCUGAGUUUGCCAAAAAUCAAUUCCGCCAGCACUUAUGAAAAAAUAAAACUCGCGUUUCGCCGUUUAUUUUACUUUCCACCAGUGGCGGCUGAUCCUAUAGAGGACAGUGGCACGUGCCCACCCAAACGCACGGAUAGAAGGCAAGAAAUUUUUGAAAAACAAGCAAUUUCAUCUUUACGACGACAUCAUCCACGAUCAUUGUCACCUGUUAAAAGAAAUCACUUCAGCGAUAAAGAUGUCGUGAACGAGUCGCUAUCUUGCUCGAAAAUAGGGCAGGCGCCCCAGCAAGAAUCGGCGGGCAAAAUUGCAAGGCACCAGUCUAGAACACUAUGUUACAGUAAGGAAUUUUACGCUCAAGAAAAGCGGGAAAACAUAAAAGAAAUUAAAUGGCGAGAUGAUCCUGGUAUGAAAAAUCAAGCUGAAGAGAAAGUACAGGAAGAGAUGUUAACUGCUACAGAGCCAAAUCAGUAUGAAAUACUGGAGCAAUACGAACUAGAAGCUGCCCGCCCCAGACCAGAAAAGAAUCAAGAUGUAUUUCUGGAAUUUAACAAGAAAACUGAGAAGGAUGCUCCUUUCAGUCACCUACAACCGGACCAAUUACGACCAUAUGGAUCUCAAGAUAAUUUAUACUCGCCUUCAUUAAUUCGACCAACAAAUUCAUUAAAGUAUCCAAGAAGGCAAUUAAGAAAGACGAUACAAGAGAAGAAAGAAGCUGAAAGCUCAUAUUCCACCGACCUCGAAUCUCCUCGACAUCGAAAUUAUUGUACUCUACCAAACACGGCGGUAAACGAUAUGAAGAAUCUAUCAACUUCCCAGACGUAUGUAGGAAAGGAAGAAAUUAAAAUUGAGAAGCAGCACACGCGGCCCAGAAGACGAGUUAGGAUAGAAAGUGACCACGAAAAGUUAGUCAAAGAAAUUCAAAAAAUUGCAAUGCAACGCUAUCAAACUGGGCAUACAAAAACUGAAAUAUACCAACCAGCUUAUUACGAAAAAAUUGAUGAAUCGCCAAUUCCGAUAAAGUUUUCUACUGCCAAAAUGAGAGAAGAACGAAAAAAGAAGGAAAACAGUAACAUUGGCCUGUAUUAUAAGUCCUCGUACUCUGAUUUAGUCAAACUAAAUUUCCAAAAAAACCAAGACCAAUGUAGCAAUAAUUUAACUUCAAAAAGUUGUAUAGGGCCUAUCUAUAUUCCAACUAUUCCUACUAGAAAGGCAGCAAAAGAUCAAAUAUUAACUAUACCAAAAACGGAUUUAAGCGUAAGUUCAGGACAAAGAACUAUAACGACAAAAUCCAAAACAAAUAUUGCAGCAGAUAAAAAUAACUUUGGCAAAUCAUGCCUACCAUCGACCGCACAGCUCAAUUCGCCGGAAAUCGUGAACCUAAGGAAUUAUUCAAAAUCGAAUAGCAGAAAAAAGGCGCGAAGUAAAGCGAGGAAGUACAAUCCCGAAUGUGAAGAUAUUUGCACCGAGCAGAUGAAGAAACGAGAGAAAAUGAAUCCGAAAAAUCAAAAUCCACCUUAUGAAAUUCAAAAAUGCGAUGACGGGAGGGGGCCGAGAACAGAAUUUUUACCGUCCAAAGUUAAAAUGACCGUACCGCCGUGUACUCCUAAGCCGGACUAUCAUUGUAAACCUCCGAAGAAGUGUCCGCCUAGAGCCGAUGAAUGUUUGAAAAUUGAACCUAAAAAACUACCCUAUUUGAAGCCUGGCGACUGUCCUUGCAUUGAUCCGUACGUCCCAACAUACUCACCCAAAUUGGAGAAGCUAUGUAUGAAAUUCGAAGAUCCUCCGAAAGUUCAGUGCCAUGUACCUCCGUGUCAAACGCCUAGAGCUGACGAUACAAAUCCCUACAAGUUCAAGCCUCUCAAACCGUACGUGCCUGGAGACUGCGACUGUGUAGAACCACCAAGAAUGACUGACGUCAAACUGAAACGACUGCCAAGAUGUGAACCGGAAGAGGUAUGCAGGCCACCCAGAAUUUGCCCAGUUAUAGAUCCGUGUCCUCCGAGGGCUGAUGAAUGUUUAGUGGACGAACCUAAACGUUUACCACCGCUGGAAGACUCACCGUGCCCUUGUAUCGAUCCCCCCGUUCCAAAUAAAGCGCCACGGAUACGUAGGCUCAAUUUAAACGUCCCCGAGCCAGAGAGAGUGUGUCCUAGACCACCCCCAUGUCACUUAAAACAGAGAGCCGAUGAUCAUUUAGUGGUACCAAAGAAGAAAUUGCCCAAGUUCAUUCCCGGAGAUUGCCCGUGUGAGGACAGGCCUAUGGUAGAUUGGCAAUUGAAAAGACUGGAAUGCGUGGAUGAUCCGGAGGAUUGUGUAGUACCAGAUCCUUGCAAAACGUUUCCUAGAGCUGACUGGGGUUGUUGGGAAUACAGCCAAGAGCAAUGUGACGAGGUCGACGAGAAAUGCAUAGAGAAAAACAAAAACUGUGUACCACCACCUCCACCACCAAAAGACUCGUGUGAUAAGGAUCCUUGCAAAAAUAAGGGAUUGCUAGAUUAUCGAUAUACAUCAAAGCGGAAAUACAGCAAUACCAAUAAUGCAAUAAAACUAUUUCAAAAUAUAAAAUCUCAAAAAAACAGCGAUCAUGUUAAAACUAAUACCAACUACAAACCACCGUUAAUCCAAAAUAACACCAGUGAAGUAAAAGAAAAAUGUGCUAGUAAGAAAACGGAAGAUUUUGAAAAACCCCUAAUAAAAAAGCGGGACAUAUCAAAGGAUAUGUUAAAGUUAAUAAAUGACCUAGAUUUUUGCAAUGAGAAAGAAGAGCUGCUUCUUUUUAAACCAAAAGAUAACAAGAAGGUAAACUAUGAGACCAUUCAAAAGCGAAUAGCAAGUGAAACAUUCCUGCUUGAUAAGAAAAUCUCAAAAACAAAUGGAAUUAAGGCCAACAUAAAUAAAUCAAAGUCUAUGCUAACAAUUACAUCUCGUGCAAUAUCAACUCAGAAAAGUCAGUCGACCGAUGAGAAAAUGAUGCAAAGAAAGAAAGAGUUCGUUGCCAAAAAGAAAUGUAGAAAUAUCAAACCAUCAAUGAAGGCAAUGAUAUGCAGAAAACCUUGCCCGACAAUGGCUGCUUGUCAGCAGGCAGGUAAAGCAAAUCGGCCGGCGUGUAAGGUAGACAGAGUACCGGUUUGCUGUGAGAAAGAGGAAUCUCCUUAUCCUGCUUACUCUGAUAGUGUUCAGGAAACUAUCAAACCCUUCACCAAAACACCGCAGUUUAACUGUAAUAGGACACAAUAUGGAUUCUACCCUAAUUUUAAAAAGGAAUACGAGCCUUUAGAAGAGCCGAGAGAUAAAAAGAAACACUUCAGCACAUCGGCGUGGAAGAAUCUGGUGUUUUCUAAAAACGACUUGAAAUACACAAACGGGCGUUUAGUAGCCAAUCCAGCCGAAAGGCCUAUUUUAGAAGUGCCAGCAAAAGCAAUUCUAGAUGAGACAGUUCGAUCAGCAACGAAUCGUCACCCAUAUUCAACCAAAACCUUUAUAAUUCGAAAACCAGUGGCGUGCCCAAAAGCAACAGCGUCUAAAUCUGUUUGUCCCGGUCCUAAAAAACACCCUUCUUGUACCCCUCCUGAACUGGUUAGAUGUCGCCCGGAUCCUAUAUGUAAGCACGACUACAAAGGGUGUCGAAGAAAAAGAAUAUCGGCACCUUUUCCUGCAUUCUCUGACUGUCUAAACGAAGAAAUGGAAGACAUACUUACCGAAUGUCCCCUGGACAGAGAAAAGUAUCUUAGGAUGCAACCGCGGUUUAUGAAUCCGCCUAAAAAACCGUUGAUCCUGGAGCCUCCUCCACCAAUUCAAGGUAAAAUUGACCUGUUAAAGGAACAAACUUGUCUUAAGGAAAAACUAUGCAUUGAAGAUGAGGGAUUAACUCAAGUUUGCAGCGAAUUUGGAAAACCUAUAGAAUUAUUAAAAACAAAGAAACUGAUAAAAGAGGAAAAUCGGGAUUGUCAAAGGAUGGAAGAAUUAAAACAACUUGGGCGUUGGCCACCUUUUACUUUAAGACAAAACAGGCACUUUUGUUCUUCCACGAAUCCAACAUUUUAUUUGUCAAGAAGAAAUAUUGGCACUUUAGGAUUAAAUUCUAUACUGGAACUAGACAAUAGAAAUGUAGUUCAAGAUGAAAGUAAUAGAAUUUAUAUAAGAAAUUAUUAUUCGGAAGGUGAUAAUUCUGACAAUUACUUGUUUGCUAACAAAAAUACCAAAACAAAUGAUGUUAGUAACCAUACAAUUCCGGAUAACGAUAAAUAUUCCCAAUAUUUUUAUGGUAGAGAUAAUAUCUGGAGACUGAAAAAUCUUAUAAAGUUCGAAAGACUAAAUAAAGAGAGCAGGAUAUCAAAAAGACUUAAACGAUUUUAUACCACGUAUAGGAUUAAACAUAGAUACCUCAUGAAUAGAGGUUCGAAAAACAAAAUUAACAGAUUAAAACUACAUAAAAGAAACGCUUCUGGCAAUAGCGGAUAUAAAAAAUUUAAAACGUCUAAUAAAAAGUCAGGAAUAUCAAAUAACUCUACUUCAAAAUUCACUUUAAAUGGAUAUCUCAAUAAAUCAAAGAACCCGAAGGAAAGUUAUAAAGAUAUAAGCAAAGAGAGAAGUGAAGCUAUUGCUACAUUAAAGGUUCUGAAAAAAUAUAAGAAGGACAUUGCUGAUACACAACAAAUUGAAAAUCUUCAACCUCAAUAUGCUAUGUUGCCAGAAAUAUCUAGUACUAAUGUCAAAGAGUUCUCUAACCAAGAAAAUAUAGAUCAGAAUAUUAGUUUAGAAUAUUAUAAACGUAAACAUGGCUUGAAAACGGAGGGCAUUACAUUAGACUGUAAUUCUUUUAACGAUUACUUCUGCGGCAAAUCCAAAAGUCAUGCGAUCCAUGUUUUUAAAAACCAGCACCGACAAGCAAAUACAAACACAAAUAAGUCUACUUACAAAUGUGAUAGUAAUAAGAGUAAAUUAGAGACAGUCGAAUUUUUAGUUCAAGAGCAUCAAUGUUCAGGAGACAACAAAGGAUCUACUGCCUCAAAAAAUCAACAAAAUGACGAUUGUGAGGAUGAUAUAAGAAAAUUAGAGGAGGCCUGCAUGCAUAACUGCAUAAAAAAUAUCCCUUGUGACUUACCAGAAGAAGAAAAGUGUAGAAUUUGCCGGGAGGAAUGUCAAAAACUUCUGACAGAAACUCCAGAGAUAAAAGAGGAAUGCGAGGACGAGCGUUCAAAAGUCGUAGAGCCGGAAUGUCCUGAAAUUUGUGAUCCUCCACCAAAAAAAUGCGAGAAAUUCGCAUUCGAAUGUCCACCAAAAAAGAGACGGGUAACGACAGCUCUCAUUUCUUCCCCAAAACUAAAAAAGUCAAAAAGUUUUGGUCAGAUAGAAACAUUCUUUCAGAAAUUGGUUAAUUAUUUUAAGGCUAGACCCAACUGCCCCGCACCGGGUGACUGGAAAAAAGAGGCAUUGAAAAAGAGAGCUGAAAAAGCUGCAUCGGCCGCAGGAUUGAUCGUUGUCGACCCGAAAUGUCUACCGCCCGAUGUCCCCAGAGUUUCCAAAAACUCAAAAAGGAACUGCAAUUUGUGUCCAGAAGAUGAUGUUCCUAACAAAAUGGACCAAAGUCAGAAUGACAAAAAAUCUGACAGCCCGCUUGCACCACCAAAGAUUAAAAGAUGUUUUAGUACCUUUGUUCAGCCCUCAAGGUACUAUUCCAGUCGCGUUAAUUUAAGCGCCAUUGAAGACAUAAACAGGAUUUUAAAGGAGGCUGAAGCUAAAAAGAAGAAACGUCAACGUACCAAAAAACAACAUGGUUUUCAAGAACCGUUUGCGUUAAAGCUUAAUGAAAAAGAUGCUACUUUUUCUAAAUUGCUGCAAAUGUCACUCGACUUCGAGCUCGAUGGAGAGAUAGAUUUUGCCGAAUUCUGUCCUAAACAUAACACGUACCCGAGAACAUACUUUGGCUAUUGGGACGUUUUGCCUAGCAGAGAAAAUAUUUUGGAAAAAGCAUGGAGGACCACGAUUGAAGCUUAUAGACAGUAUGAUGUUCCAAAGAAUUACGAAUUCUUUAAUGAGUUGUUUAAUAGAGUGGAAAACGUCAUUCAGAAUAUAGAAGAUUCAGAAAAAUUAAAAACUGAAAAUGUGCUGCGUGAAUUAGAAGAGUUCUUGGAAAAAAAUUCGAAGAAAAAUAAAAAGUAAUUUUGUUGUUGUAUAAAAAUGUCAUUAUGUUUAGUCAUAAAUUAAAUAACGUUGGUGGAAA